AUGGGAAGCACCUUUAUAGACACUUCGGGCGCGGACUUCUCCGCGCCCCCCGUUCAGGUCACCUUCGACGGCCUUUUGUUCGACAUGGAUGGCACCAUCAUUGACUCUACCGCUGCUGUUGAGAAACACUGGGAGGCCAUCGGCAAGGAGAUCGGGCACUCGCCCGAGGUCAUCCUCCAGACCUCCCAUGGCAGAAGAUCCAUUGAUAUUCUCAAAGAACUUGCCCCGGAGAAGGCAACUUUGGAGUACGUUCAGCACAUGGAGGGUCUUCUCCCUAAGAAGUAUGGCAACGACGCGGUUGAGAUCCCCGGUGCCCGCGCCCUGCUUCAGGACUUGAUAGAUCGUAAGAAGCCGUGGGCCAUCGUUACUUCAGGUACUUUGCCGCUCGUUUCUGGGUGGUUAGACGUCCUCUCCCUCCCCCACCCCGCGCACCUCAUCUCCGCCGAAUCCGUCGUGAACGGCAAGCCCGAUCCUGCCUGCUACUUGCUCGGUCGCGAACGCCUCGGCCUCUCAAACCCAAACGUCGAGGUCUUAGUGCUGGAAGACGCGCCCGCGGGUAUUCGCGCCGGCAAAGCCGCGGGUUGCAAGGUCAUUGGCUUGGUCACCAGCCAUACGGUUGAGCAGGUGCUGGAAGCAGGUCCGGAUUGGGUGGUGAGGGAUUUAAGCAGUGUCAAGUUUGUGCCAGAGAGCAGCGGGGAUGGGAAGGUUACUUUGGAGAUUAGGGAUGCGUUGGUCUUGAAGAACUAG